GGAAAAUCCGAUAUCUCAUCAUGAUCUUCCUUCGAAGGCCAGUCACUUCCCAGUAACAUUGUUAUAUUUGAACAGCCCGUCAACAAGUUUUGGACAUUGGCCGAAAUAACUUUGCAGCCUGUAGAGAGUUUGGCGACAUGGCAGACCAACAGACGCAAGCUUCGCACCACCACGGGAAGUGUGCGCAUGAGAACGACCCUGUGCAUGCAGAGCACCACAAAACCUGCCAGGGACAUGGCGAGCACGCAAAAGAGGGACAUGUGCACGAGGGCCACAGUCAUGAGGGCCACAGUCAUGAGGGCCACAGUCAUGAGGGCCACACCGAACACAGCCAAGGUGGCCACGGCCAGCAUGGCCACGAGGGACACCCCCAGCACAAACAUCAUUAAAAUGCCCAUUGAGGAUUUGGCGACGAACAAAUACAGUGGCUUGACGCACGUAAUCUAGGCUGAGGUGCAAUCCAGCAUUCUUGCCAUUUUUGUUCGAGAGGGUCCAGGAACCCCGUCGGUCGUAGAGAAGCUUUUGAUGCACAAGCCCAAGGAAAGUGAGGGCAGGGUUUUUUUUUUCGCCUUGGUUUUGGCGAACCAUGCCUCUGCCCGGUGUUUAUGAGUCGAUGAAAUUCCUAGUCGGCGGUGAUGACUAUGUGCUUGUUGACACAAGGCAGACAGGUAUAGUACUAGUACUAAUAGUAUCUUAGCACUCGACUAUUGAAAUAGUACUAGUACAACCGGCACCGUUUACACACUU